ACCAUGCAUGAGGCCCUUGGCUGUGGUGCAAGGGAUCAAGUGGUGCCUGAUAUGAUGCAUCGUGGAGAUACCACCAUGGGCGAAGCUGUUGCGCCGGACCUGCCAGAACAACGUAUUUCUACAGUCACACCGCUAGGGAACAAGAGGCUUGCCUUACCUGGAGGUGGCCAGCAGAGUAACCCACUACCUCUAGCGGUUGUUCCAGCAAUGCCACCCCAGCCACCUGCUCCACAUAAUUAUGGCUUUUCGCCGUUUGAGCUGGAACUUCAUCACUUCUUCUACCCAGACCACGUCUGCAUGGGUUUAUAUGAGACGGCCGAAAUGCUUAGCGAGCCGUCCGAACUUAGCAGGACUUGGUUCGAACACUUCAAUCCUACUAUCCUACGCCUGGAUGGUCACAAGAUCAAGUACCAGUUCAGUUUGCUUGGAGAAAUGUUGUACACGAGACUCGAUGCAUGGGUGCGUGGGUGGAAUGAGAGAGAGAGUAGGAUGAUGCAAGAGUACACCUGCCAAACUGGAGGGGUUUGGUUCCUCCUGAUGUUCUGCUACACAUGGAUAGCAUCGAUACUGCCGAGACACGCGAGCUCUUGUUGGGGAUGCUUGCUGCACCAAGGCUAGGUUUUAGGCUCUGCCUGUGCCGUCUGAUUAUGAUGCCAGCGUGGCUCUGCCAUGCUUGGAGCUUGUACGUCUUUGACAUGGAGCGCAAGAUACUCAAUGUGCUUGAUCUGUUGUGCACAGAUCAGACUACGUGUGUGUAUGAGAUAAAACAUGGUAGUACGGUGCGCACGGUUGUUAGAGCUUUGAAGAUUAUUGGCAUGAUGAUGGAUGACGGCUGGGAUAUGGACAUUACCAAAUGGAAGGUGGU